GGUUUGAUGUUUGGUUAUGCAACAGAUGAAACAGAAGAAUGUAUGCCUCUAACAAUUAUUCUUGCACAUAAGCUGAAUGCCAGGUUAGCAGAGUUGAGGCGUAAUGGAGAACUUCCUUGGCUGAGGCCUGACUCUAAAACACAGGUCACAGUUCAGUAUAUCCAGGAGAACGGAGCAGUCAUCCCAGUGCGUGUUCAUACCAUUGUGAUAUCUGUGCAGCAUGAUGAAACCAUUUCGCUGGAGAAUAUGCGCAGAACCCUAAAGGAUCGUGUGAUCCAAGCUGUUGUCCCUGCACAAUACUUGGAUGAAAAAACUAUUUAUCAUCUUCAACCUAGUGGACGUUUUGUUAUUGGAGGACCUCAGGGUGAUGCUGGUGUUACUGGUCGAAAGAUCAUUGUGGAUACUUACGGUGGCUGGGGAGCCCAUGGAGGUGGUGCCUUCUCUGGCAAAGACUAUACGAAGGUGGACCGAUCAGCUGCGUAUGCAGCCCGUUGGGUGGCCAAGUCUCUUGUGACAGCUGGGCUCUGUCGCCGUGUUCUGGUUCAGGUUUCUUAUGCCAUUGGGGUUGCGCACCCACUGUCCAUUUCACUGUUCACUUAUGGAACUUCCAAAAAAACAGAGAAAGAGUUGCUGGACAUUGUGCACAAAAACUUUGAUCUUCGGCCUGGAGUCAUUGUCAGGGAUUUGGACCUAAAAAAGCCCAUUUACCAGAAGACUGCCUGUUAUGGUCACUUUGGAAGAAAUGAAUUCUCAUGGGAGGUGCCUAAAAAACUUGUGUUUUGAUAUUAGCAGCCACCCUUUGAAAACAAAAAAGAAGAGGAGUCCACUAAUUAUGAGGAUGCUUCUGAAAAUCAGAUCUGACAGCUUUGUGUUCAACGAAAGAAUUUUAGAUUUUAAAUGGAAAGAAAGAAAAUGAUAUUUUCUUGGAAAUUGAUUAUUUUUAGCCCUCAGUGUCUUUCAUUAUCUAAGAUAUAAAGGACAGUCUGUUUUUUUUAAUCAGCAUAAGACAACAAAAUACAGUUUACUUUUUAUUGCUGCUCUGUUGGUUCUUUUGAUAAAGGCAAACUAUGACUCAGGUACGCAAACCAAUGGCUGAAUCUCAAACCUUUCGUGGGCAAAGGUGAGACGACUUUCCCAACUCUGACUAAGGAUCAGCAGAACUCUUACUUCUAAUUAAACAAUGGGAAAUUCUGGGGUCCAAUUUCCUUACUGGAGUUUGCAUUGCAUACAGAUGGGGGUUGCUUUGAUGGGAGAAGGCUGAAUAUCACAUAACUGUAUUUCAGCCUCUUUUGUAGAAGAUGUUAACAUAUAUGUAAUAUUUAAAUCACCUUCACUGAAUAUGUGCUGUUACUGUUGUGUUUCAAUUACCCGUGUUUUUGAAACAUGAAUGUUCUCCUAUAAAACAUCAAUCAUUGAAUAAAAAGCUUUUUCCUAC